AUGGCCUUACCCGUAGUCAAAAGCCUCGUUGAGUGCAACGAUUUCAAAGCAACAGUUCUUCCAUACCUACCGCAACUGUACGACCUUCCACAGCAACUCAUUCAAUCAUGGAACAAUCCCACCGAGCUUCGAAAUAUCUACCUUGCGACGAACCCUCUCAUGUCCGGGUUGGCAGUAUCGCUGGCCUUAGCGCCUAUAUUUCUGCUCAUUUCAGAGAUCAAUAAGAACUAUUCUCAGGUCGAUCGAAUGUGGAGCUUGCUACCUACGAUGUACAAUGCUCAUUAUGUUAUUUACGCACAUUUGUCUGGUCUCCCUACGGACAGGCUUGAUAAUCUGAUUGCAUUCAGCACUGUCUGGACUCUACGUUUAACGUUCAAUUACUGGCGCAAAGGAGGAUAUAGCAUCGGGUCUGAAGAUUAUAGAUGGGAAAUUCUUCGCGAGCACAUCCCUGCUCCGCUAUUCUUCGUCUUCAACGUUCUCUUCAUAUCCCUCGCCCAAAGCAUUCUGCUUUUCCUCAUCACAACGCCUACAUACGUUUUGGUCUUAGCUGCACGUACUGGAUCAAAAAUGGACACUGCGGAUAUCAUGUUCUCAAGAGCUUUGAUGGGACUUGUACUAUUAGAGUUUUUUGCGGAUCAGCAACAGUGGAAUUUCCAAAAUGCGAAAAAGUCCUACCAGAAAAACGCCAAAGUACCCCACAAGUUCGAGCAAGAAGAUCUCGACCGCGGAUUUGUUGUGACAGGUCUAUGGUCGUGGUCCCGUCACCCCAAUUUUGCUGCGGAACAAGCCAUCUGGGUAGUCCUUUACCAAUGGGGCUGCUGGAGUACACAUGUCUUGUAUAACUGGACAUUCAUUGGCGCCAUUUCAUACCUGUUCUUGUUCCAAGCAUCGACCUGGUUUACAGAAUUGAUUACGGCAAAGAAAUAUCCGGAAUACAAGGAGUAUCAGCAACGAGUCGGCAAGUUCCUGCCAAAAUUGUCGACUGAUCUUCCAGGAGACUUCAGCGAUCAAAAGGCUAGACCUAAGACAGAGAAGCCACCGAGUGUACAAAACACACCAGCACCAAAAAAAGGUGCUGUCACGAGGUAA